AUGAAGACUCUGUUUAAGAAACUCUUGGGGCCCAAUGAUGAGAAGAUAUAUUUUCUUGCAGUUGACAUUCCCAACUCCCUUAUUUCAAAUGAAAGCAAGAUAGCCUCCAUAGCAAAUGAUUUCCAAAACUGGAUCAACAAUAUCACUUUGCUCAUUAGAAAGGUCAAGAAGCCUUAUGGAGGCUCCUUCCAGAUGAUCCCGAGAUCAGAAUGGGGAGCAGCGCCUUCUGACUGCAGUAUCCAGCUGAGGACUCCAGUCCCAUUCCUCAUCAUCCACCAUCUCCCUGGGCAGGAGUGUCAGGAGAAAGGCACCUGCCAGCAGAGGGUGAAGGAGCUGCAAGAGCUUCACAUCAAAACAAAUGGCUGGUGUGACGUGGCUUACAACUUCCUCAUUGGUGAUGAUGGCAAUGUGUAUGAAGGUGUAGGCUGGACUACCAGAGGCACUCACACUGUGGGAUAUAAUAACAAGUCAUUGGGCUUUGCUUUUGUUGGAAGUAAAGCAGGAAGGUCUCCCAGUGCUGCUUCCCUGGCUGCAGCUGAGAAAUUGACUUCCUUUGCUGUCUCCAAUGGUUACCUCUCACCCAAGUACAUCCAACCACUAUUUGUUCAGAGUGAAUCCUGUCUGAUCCCCCCUAAGAAUGAAGUGUCCAAGAAAGAAUGUCCUGACAUCAUCUCUCGCUCCUCCUGGGGAUCUCAAGAAACUUACUGUCCUAAGCUGCCUGGGCCAGCUAAAUAUGUCAUCAUUAUCCACACUGCAGGCUCUCCUUGCAAUGUGACAGAAGAAUGCAAGAUCAUGGUUCAAAAUAUCCAGUCCUAUCACAUUGAUAAGAUGAAAUUCUGUGACAUAGGUUACAAUUUCCUGAUAGGUGAGGAUGGUAGAGUGUAUGAAGGAGUGGGCUGGGACACCGAAGGAGCGCACACUUAUGGCUACAAUGACAUUGGUCUGGGAAUUGCUUUCAUUGGCUUGUUCACUGAAACUUCUCCCAAUGAGGCGGCUUUGAAUGUGGCCCAGAACUUGAUCCAGUGUGCAGUGGACAAAGGCUACUUGAUUCCUGACUACCUUCUGGUGGGACAUAGUGAUGUUGUCAACGUUGUCUCUCCAGGGCAGGCUCUGUAUGAUAAAAUCAAGAACUGGCCCCACUUCAAACACUGAGUAUGUCUACCACCAAUCUACUUCUUUACUUUUUAUUUCUCCUUGGAUACUGAGACUUGAGGGUCAACAACUUCUGCCUAGGAUUUAGGAGUGGAGAUGACAAAUCUGAUCCCAUCCUUCCAAAGAUUUCUGGGGAAAAUUUGAUACCAGUCUUCACAUCAGCUAUUCCCCUACCUGGGUCAUCCUUAAUGAAAAGUGGGUGACUUCAGAGAGGAAAAGGAGAUGCUGUCCAGACUCCAAUCUAAUCCUAGAAUCUAGUUCCAGUUCUAUUGAAGGAAAUUGGGAAGGGGGAGUUCUAUUAUUCUUCUGCUUAUUCUAAAAUUUUACCUCUACUCAAUAGAAAUUGCUACUCUUGUCAUGUAUAAUACUUUUUUUCUAUUUUACUUCAU